AUGAGCUCCCUGCGAGAGGGGAACUCCGAGGCCGCGGGGUUCAAGACGCGGAUACCGCGCCCCGCGCCGAGGACGCCGACGACGCAGGCGCCGUCGCUGUCCGCCGCGACCGAGAAUAAUGAUAACGUCGUUCCGCCCGAGCCCGCGAGCGUGUCGUCUAAAGCGCAGCCGCGCGCGACCGCCGCGGGCGUCAAGUCCGCGCUCGCCGCCGCCGCGUCCCGCGGCGGCCGCUCGACGAACAAAGACAAAGAGAACGCGCCGUCGAGCGCCGCGAACGACGCCGCGGGCGCGACGACGACCGCGACCGGGACGAAGCGCAAGCCCGCGUCCGCGCCUCACGCGUCCCCCGGCGCGAAGAAACGAGGCGCGCGCGCGGCGGCGGCGGCGGCCCCCGCCGCGCCCCUGGCGGCCGAGUUCGACGCCGAGUACGACGCGCUCUUGGCCCUUAAGCUCGCGACGAAGGACACGAAGUUUGACUUCAAAGCGCAGCUCGUCGUCGCCAAGGACUUUACCGCUCGCGCCAAGGCGUUGAUGAAAUCGAUGCGCGACGCCGUCGCGGCUUCCAAGAACGCCGUCGCCGACGCGCGCGACGAGCUUCUCGCGGACGUCGACGACGCCGAGGCGGCGGCGAAGGAGGCGAAGCGAGAGGCGGCGUCGAUCGCGGCGGCGCUGGACGCCGCGCGCGCGGAGGCGCAGACGUCCGCGGCGUCGCUCGCGGCGGCGACAAAGCGCGAAGCCGCGUUGGCGAAGCGCGGCGAAGAGACCGCCAAGGCGCUCGCGACGUCGCGCGCGAACGAGGCGUCGCUGACGGAGAAGACGAACGCGCUCGCCGCGGAGCUCGCGCCGCUCCGCGAAAACCUCGCGCGAGAGCAGACCGCGCACGCGCUGCUGCAGAAGCAAGCGAGCGAUUCCAUCGCCGCCGCCGCCGAAGCCGGGGAGAAGAUUUCGAGCUUGUUGACGCAACAGGCGGCGUCGCGCGAGGAGCUCGGGACGCUGAAGGGCGCCAACGCCGCGCUCGAGGCGCAGCUCGACGCGGCGAACGAGAAGGCAGCCGCGCGAGAGCGAGAGGCGGCGCGAGAGGCGGAGGAGACGAACCGCCUGCACGCGUGCGUGGCGAAGACCAAGGCGGAGAGAGACGCCGCGGAGCACUCUCUGGCGGAGUCGAGGGAGGAAGCCGCGUCGGCGCGCGCGUCCGCCGCGGAUGCCUCCGUCGCCGUCGCGGAGGCCAAGACGAGGUGCGCGCGGUUAGAGGACGCCGCGGAGCACGCCGCCGGGGACUUGGCGCGGGCGAUCGCGGACGCGGAGACGGCGAGCGCGAAGCACGUGGAGGCGUCCUCGGAGGUGGCGCGGCUGAAGCCCGCGCUCCAAGCCGCGGAGGAGGCGCGCGCGAAGACGGAGCGCGACGCGGCGAUUACGGCGGCGAACGCGGAGAAGGAGCGGCUCCGGCUCGAGAACGAGCUCAACGCCGCGACGACGCUUCGGAGGGCGCUCGAGCCGAGGGUCGAGUCCCUCGGCGCGGAGCUCGCGGAGUCGCGAGCGGACGCCAAGAUCGCGCGGAGCGAGAUUGACCGCCUGCGGAAAGGGUUCGACGAGUCCAAGGACCGCGUCGUCGCCACCGACGCCGAGCGCCAAGCCGCGGUGGCUGAGGCGACGACGCUGAAGCAGCUCGUGAGCGACCUGGAGCGCGAGCGCGAGGUGGUCGCGUCGAAGCUGUCCGCCGCGGAGGCGGCGCUCGAGGCGUCGCGCGCGGAGUGCGUCGGCCACGGCGCGCGCGCCGACGCGGCGGCGCGAGAGGCGUCCGAGGCGCGCGCCGCCGCCGCGGACGCCGCCGCGCUGUCGUCGCGCCUCGACGCGCUGCGGCGAGCGCACGACGAGCAGUCGGAAGCGCUCGCGGCGGCGCGGCGGCAGGUUGCCGACGCGUCGGCGAACAGCUCGACGGCGCAGCAGCGACUGAGGGAGCGCGAGGCAGUCGCGGAGAGCGUGGAGGGACGCGUCUCGCUUCUCGAGGCGCUGCUGUCGCAGCGAGAGGCGGAGCUGAGGCAAGCCGCCGUCGUCCGCCGCGCGUUGCACAAUCAAGUCCAGGAGCUCAAAGGGAACAUCCGCGUGUUUUGCCGCGUGCGGCCGCCGUCCAAGGACGGGCGCGAGGAGCGCGUCGACGGCGGCGGCGGCAGGGACGGCGACAAGCCGCUGCUCUCGCUCGCGACGCGCGGCGAGAUGGCGGGGAGACGGGUGUGCGUCGCGCCGCCGGGGGGGACCAAGGCGUUUGAAUUCGAUUUCGACCGCGUCUUUGGCGCGGACGCGUCGCAGAGGGACGUGUUCGAGGAGAUCUCGCACCUCGUGCAGAGCGCGCUGGACGGGUACAAGGUGUGCGUGUUCACGUACGGGCAGACGGGGAGCGGCAAGACGUACACGAUGCUCGGGGACGGCGAAGACGACGAACGCGAACGCGACGAUCAUUCGCGGCUGGACGGCGAGCCUCUGGACGGCGACGAGGGCGAAACGAACCCGUCGCGCGGGCUCAUCCCGCGGUCGAUCGAGCAGAUCUUCGCGGCGAGGGACGCCGCGGCGGCGGCGGCGGCGGAGGACCGCGGCGCGACGCCGCCGUCGCUCGAGGUCACCGCGUCGAUGAUUGAAAUUUACAACGAGGACAUCAUCGACUUGCUCGGGCCCAAGUCUUCGUCAUCAUCCGGAAGCACGACGAAGCACGACGUCAAGCACGACGCGAGCGGGAAGACCACGGUCACGGGGUUGCGGACCGUCGCGGUGUCGUCCCCCGCGGAGGUUGCCAAGGUGAUGAAGAGGGCGCAAGCCGCGCGCAGGACGGCCAAGACGGCGAUGAACGAUCACUCCUCGCGGUCGCACAUGGUCUUCACGCUCGCGCUGGACGGCGUCGACGCCACCGGUCGCGUCGUGCACGGCGCGCUCAAUCUCGUCGACCUCGCCGGGAGCGAGCGGCUGUCGCGCAGCGGCGCGGUCGGUCAGCAGCUGAAGGAGGCGCAGGCGAUCAACAAGUCGCUGUCGGCGCUCGGCGACGUCAUUACGUCGCUCGCGAACAAGGACGCGCACGUGCCGUUCCGGAACAGUAAGCUGACGUAUCUGCUUCAGAACGCGUUGGGGGGCGACGGGAAGACGCUGAUGCUCGUGAACGUCGCGCCGGGGGUGGACAGCAGCCAAGAGACGCUGUGUUCGCUGAGGUUCGCGUCCAAGGUGAACGACUGCGCGAUGGGACGAGGCAAGUGA